AAGUGAGCUCAGUGCCUACAAUAAGUUUACGCUCCCGGAGAAGCACUUCCUUUUGACAAACUAGUGUUUAUUACUUUCUACAUUAUUUUGAGGGGUUCGCUUUUCUCGAACAUUAAAGGAGGAUAACUUUUCGCUCGAAUAUGGAUGACUUUUCUCUUGCUGAUGCCAUAGUGGACGAUGUCCCUGGCAAAGCACCCAAAAUGGGCAACACAAAUCCAGCUGCCCCAGCCAACAGUGCUCCACCUGCUGUAAACCCAGGCUGGCCUGGUGCUGCCCCAGGAGCCCCAAGCUUCCCCCCCUCUUCUGGUCCAGCCCAGCCUUCUGCUCCAGGAGCAUACCCAGGGGGAUCCCAGCCUUCUGGUCCCGGGGCACCUGGUCAGUACCCUGGAGGUCCUGCUGGUCCUGGACACUUUCCACCUGGACCUGGAGCACCUGGGCAGUAUCCUGGAGCACCUUCGGCCCCUGGAGGGUUUCCCUCUGCACCUGCAAUUCCAGGGCAGUAUCCCUCUGGGCCUGGAGACCCUGGACAGUUCCCAGCAGGGCCUGGGGCCCCUGGACAGUUUCCUUCUGCGCCAGGACAGUACCCUUCCGGAGGAGGCGCCCCACUCCCCUUCCCAUCUGGAGUCCCCGGACAGUUUCCUCCUGGCCCUGGUGCUCACCCAGGACCAUAUCCUAACAUGCCCUAUCCUGGAGGGCAGCCUCCAGCAGGUCCAUAUGGCCCUGGAGCUCCUGGUGCCUUCCCCCCUGCGUCCAACUCUGGCGCUUUUCCUGGCUUUCCUGGUGGGGCCUUCCCUCCCAUACCACCUGGUGGCUGGGGCCCACCUUCCAGCGGAGGAUUCCCAGCCCAGCCCGGCCUCCCUGGCUCUUUUGGAACGAACCCCAUGGCACCAUACCCAAACCCAGCAUUUGGUGGACCUGUUGCUCCUGGAGGAAUGUUGCCCAGACAUAAUCCACCAUACUUUUGAGCGCAGCGAUAUAUCUUCAGCUUUUUGUCGGAUGAAGACAUCACUUCAGUGCUGUUGCUCUGUGUUGCUGGGUCCCAUUAAGCUCAGUUUAGUUCCCUAGUGAUCUGGGUUAACUGAUGAUCACAAAAAGUUGGCCCACACACAAUCAUGGCUGACCAGAACAAGGACCGCAUGCUUUCAACCAAUUGUAAUAAAUCAUUUAACCAUAUUUGCUAUGUUAUCCUUAUGCUGUCUUAAUGAAACACAUGAGUAUAUUGCCAAACAAUUUUAUGUGGGCUUAUUUAAUAAAAACCAAAUAAUGUAGUUUUGGGAGGAAUCAGUGAAGAACCUGUAUAUUUGUUAGCAUCAGUGUCAAUGGUUCAUCCAUUGACUUGUAUUGAAUAAUUUUUGUACAGCAGUAAACAAUCUUAUGUUUUCAGACCAGAGCUAAGUGAUCAUCUGUAUUUAUUGAUUAUUGGGUUUUUUUGGCUGUGAAUGAAUUAAUGAUCUCAUGUAUGUGGGAUCGAUUUAUUAAUUUAUGGAUUUUACACAAGACCAGAAGUCUGCACAAAGAUGGAGUCAACAAAAGUGAAAUUUGUGGAAGAUAAUUCUUGGGAAAGAAGAAUAUUGUUGACACUUCUCCUGGCCUGGAAUAAGUUGAACAAUGCGUGGAAAAUAUGAUGCUUAUAGGGAAUUGUAGAUGGAGAUACUGAAAAAAUCAUGCAAGUUUUUGCAUAGAUAAGCAAAUAUGUAAGUCCUGAAUUUAUGGGUAUGGACAAACUAUGGGCCUGAGAAAUGCAUGCAAUAUAAAAAGGGUAGGAAAGAUACAGAAAGAACACAAGACAUUGGCAAUGUAAUUGUUUUUUGUAUCCCAGCAAGAGGAGACAGGUGAGUUGGUGUCCCUGCACAGUUGGUUCAUGGUGGGACUUACAGUGGGCUUGUAACAAUAUAUCAUUGGCUCUGGAGUGUGGUACCACAGAGCCUGAAACAAUUUGCUGAGCUGCAAGAAGCUUUUUUCCACAAUACCAGAGAUCUGCUCAUCCCACGUGAAGUUAGAUGUAAUGUCCCAACCAAAUUUGUAAAACAGAAAAUUUGUCUUUUAUUGAUUAGUGGUUACAUAUCAGUAUUUUUCUGUUGUUUUACUAGAUCGAUCCAUUAUCAUAAACAUAACCUGGUCAAGUUUAGUCAACACUGUAAACAUAGUUGAGAGUAAAUAUGAUUUUCUUUAUGUACAGGAAAAACUGAGUGGGACACUAGCAUGGAUUUAAUGAGCAGAAGAUUGAACAUUGUCUACAGCAAAAAUGUGUCACACUAGCUCAGUGUUUGAGAUUAGUUCAGAAAAUAUGAGUUGCUGACAAACUCAUAAGAGAUGAGUCUUCUUCAAAAGCCGGAGAAGUGAUCCUAUUCUGGUGUUCGGUGACUAUAUUUACAUGCAUGCAGUUUUCUAGUUUUUGGUCCUUACCCUGACUACUGGCAGCAGUAUGGUGAGUGGUAAGGAGCAGGACUUGUAACCCAAAGGUUGCUGGUCCAAUUCCCAUGUAGGCCACUGCUGUUGAAUCCUUGGGAAAGUUACUCAACCUGUAUUGCUUCAGUAAAUAUC